GGCGGAGGGAGGAGCUGGGAACGCAGCCUGCGCCGUACCCCGCCACUCCGCUCCCUCCCCUCCCCUCGGAUGCCGCAGCCCCGCGCGCGCGUCAGCGUGGGUUCCCCGGAGCGAGUCGCUAGGUAACCGGGCGGGCCGCGCAGCCCCGCAGCUGGGGAACCCCGCGCGCGGCGUCAGCGGCCGGGGGGCGCACGACCCACCCGCAUCGGGGCCUGCGGAUCCCGGCUGGCCGGCAGCUCCCGCCCGCUGCCUCGGUUCGGAGCUGGCCGCCUCCCCGGAGGGGACCCCGACACCUCCCGCCCCGUCCCCCCCUGCGCAGCCCGUGCGCCCCCGGUCCUCCCGCCGAGCCCCGGGGCGCCGCCCGCACAGCACCCGGCUGCGCCCACACCUCGCCAGCGGCCGACCGGGACAUGAGCAUCGCGCACGGGGGCCAGCGCUCGGAGGCCAGCCCCAGCCGGCGGCGACCAGCGGGUCGGCGCUGCCCAGGAGAAUGAGGCAGGAGCCGGCCGCGGGCUCUUCUUCCUCCUCCCCCUCCUCCUCCUCUUCCUCCUCCUCCUCCUCCUCUUCGCCUUCCUCCGGCUCCGGCGCCCCGGGCCCAGGCCCGGCUCUGCUGUGUGCCCCGCGCGCCCCCCGCCCGCCUCCGGAUGCGCUGCUCGGUUAGCCUGGGGAGGAAGAUAAAGACGUUUGCCACCAAGAUGGUGCUCACGAGUGGCAGUGAUGAAGACAGAGGGGGCCAGGAGAAAGAGAGCAAGGAGGAGAGUGUCUUGGCGAUGCUGGGCAUCAUCGGGACCAUCCUGAACCUCGUGGUGAUCAUCUUUGUGUACAUAUACACCACCCUGUGAAUGGCCCCCACGCAAUGGGAGGCCGCUGUGUGGCUCGACCGGAAGCCCAGCGCCGUGGCCGUCGGGCCCACGUGGCCACACACACAGGAACGGCCGCACCUUCGAACUUCGUCCAAGGGCCCAGAAAUAAGCCUCUCCUGCCGCCAGGAGCAGACCCUAAAGCACAAUGAAUCCCACGGAACUCACUCACUCCUCGAGGAACUCUGUGUCCUUGGCCCGGGGCCCGCAAGAGCCCAGGGAAACUCCGCCUCCGACAACUCAUGGAGAGCACGGGUGCGGGAAUCCAUCAGCCGGGCCUGCUGACCCCUCCGGCGCUGGUCAGCGUGGCCCCCAGGACGCCACGCAGCUCAUCUUCACCCUCCGAUCAGUAGGAGAAACCCCCCACCCCGCCGUCCUUGGGCCGACAUCCCAUCCAUCCCAAGUGUCUAUUUGAUACCCGGAGAUAACUUAUUUUUCUUUUUUUCAUUGGCUUGACGUGUGUUAUCUGUUCGUAUUAAGGUUUAUAAAGAUAUAUUUUUAAUAAACGUGCUCUAUUUUUUAGCAUGAACCAAAUAUUGGGAGAGGCGCUCCUGGAUUCAUAGAGCUUUCCUUGUUUCCAUCAGCUUUCCCCGAGACUGCAGACAUUCCGUCGUGUCGCCAUUGCAGAUUUACCUCUCUUGACAUGUGUCAUCCUUCUCUCCCUCCCUGCCUCCCCCCACAUCUCUUUGUCUCUGUCUCUCUCUCUCUCUACUUAACCUGGAGGAUAUUUUUCCAUACUACCAGCCGUGGGCUUGGUUGGUGCAUGUUUUAAGAUUGUCCCGUUGAGUGGCCUUUUGUUACUCAAUCCGAGAUUUAAAAUGACUGUGGGUGUGUGGACUUUAGGGGUACUGUAUCCUUACCGAGAAUGAUGCAUGAACAAGGGCUGAAUGAGAGAUCAGCUUCAAACACACGCGCGCACACACAUACACACACACAACCAUUUUACAAGGACUACCAGUGGGGAUGCCUGUGUCUUUGCACAUGAACCCUAGGACUUUGGGUUUGCUGUGGGCACCAUUAUUUCAUUCUUGUGACCAUUUGUUGAUCAGAUCUUGAUUUUAAUGGCCUCGUGCAAGAGGAGCAGUUCAGUAUUUGGUGCAUAAUUCCUUCCUCAGUGAGCCGCCUUGGGGAGGAAGGUGGGUGUGAAAACACACGAAACCCCCUCCCCAGGAGAGUUCAUGUGGCCUAUUUCGGACUCUGAGGCCACCCCCCGACAGGUGACACGUCCCAGGCACAGGAAGGGGACCUAGCGAUAGCCCUAGAGGACCUUUGUGCUUCGUGGCACUCCCCCUGUGGACUACUUGAAGCCACUUCCUUGCUGGCUGGGAGGUGGGAUCAACACAAGUUUGCCCUGUCUGCCCACAGGCCUUUGUGUCUGUAGAGAGCAGCCUUAAAGAGAGCGGCCGAACUCACCGGCCUGUGCCAGCUGUGCCCGGGGGGGGGGGCAAAACAGCCGCCGCCCACCUGCUUGGAUUCAGUGUGCCAGGAGGUUCUGCUGCCAGACUGUCCCUUCCCCAAGCGGUGGGCUGUGAGAUUCCAACCCGGACAGCCAUUUGCUGGGCUCUGCUAAGAACCGGACUCUUGUAGAUCUUAAAGCCCCCGACGCUGGCCUUCCCCACCAGAGAGAAGCGAGCUGGCAAGACCGGGAAAUAGCCCUGGUGUCACUGAAUCGCGCAGUAACCCAGGGGAAGAGCCAGUGAGAGACAGGAGUGCUCAGUAAGUCCAGGAAGUGUGGCCAUGAGUAGUGAGUUAGAACUCUGACCCCGUCCUUGGGGUUCCCUAGUCCCGCAGGGACUGGGUACUGCAGGCUACUGGGGCGAUCCUGGGGUGACGUCCAGCUGCCCCCAGGGUCGGCUGGGGGAGGAGGCGGAGAGGGAGCAAGUGAACGAAGGGGCUGUCCGGGGCCAGGACGUGCACCCCACAGCUUCCCGGGGGCGGCUCUGCACCUCUCCCUAAGCUAAGCUGCACCCCUCGGGGUCACUGCAGGUUGUGACAUGAUAAGGAGGUGCCCGAGGAGGCUGGUCAGCAAGGAAGGGAAUGGGGCGUGGGGGGAGGGAGGCAGCUACCACGCUCUGUGUGAUUCCCGGAAAGACUAUGGAAAUGUUUAACGGUGAAAAGAGUAAAUAAAGGUGCAAUGGAAAACAAAAA